GCUCAUCCUCGCAGGCUCAUCCUCGCAGAGCUCGACAGCUUCUCUUCUUUGGCGGCUGCCACCCUGACCUGCCGCGCCUUGCAUUCUGCCUAUUUGCUCAAACCAUCCGAAGCCAUUACAGCAUCUAUUCUAGUUAAGCAAGUGGGAUACGACGUGCUGCCAGAGGUCACCAUCGCCUUUGCUUCUUCUUGUCUGCCACCCCACUCUCCGGAAGCGUCGGAUGACUUCCUCACCACCUUUCUUGUCAGCCGCACAGUUCAUCCAAUAUCUGCAACCAUCGGGGCAUAUGCACAGUUGGAAGAGCUGAAUUGGUGCGUCGAGAGCCUAGCGCAGAGGUUCGCAGACGACUGUCUAGCCAGGGUUGAGACCAACAACGACAGUCCCUCCAACCCAGCUGCUCCAACUUCCAGCGAACUUGCUCGUAUCAAGCGGGCGCUCUAUCGUUUUGAAAUAUUCUGCAAUCUCUAUUAUCGUAAAUCUCCUAGUCAGCUGGUGUCUCAUGACUCUCUAGCUGCAUUCUGCCUCUGCUUCGCGCCCUGGGAGAAUGAACAACUUGGCACUAUCCUGGAUUUCCUCUUCAGAAUUGCGUCUCCAGCUUUCAACGAUGUGGCCACGCAUGAUAUUACAUGGGGCAACCUCAAAAUCGAGCCCGCCCUGUUCCUGAGCUCUAUCUCCUUCCAGGGCGUAUUAUCACAAGGCUUGGUUAAAAUACAUGCUAUCUCAACUGCAGAGUCGUAUGAUGAUCGAUACGCUCAGCUAUCGUCCGACCACUUUCUCGCCCGACCUGAUUUUCUCAACAGAGCGUUGAGACUGACGGCCAGGUCGGCUGUUGAAAGUACAUCUCCACUGUCGGCUUUCUCGGCCGAGGACCGGGAGGAGUAUAUCAGGCGACCCUUCUUCAACGAUCCCGACUCGGGGCCAAGUGAUGCCUGGGAACGGGAACAUCUCGACGAGCUGAGCACGGGCUUCGUGUAUCAGCCUCAUCACCAUCACUUGCGCGAGCUGGGGUAUAUCAUGUGGGACCAAGCUCGCAUUGAUGCAAUGGUGCCCUUCUCUACCCCCCGGAGGGCGCAAGAUAUCCUUGGUGUGACUCAAGAAGUGUCCGACACGAGAUGGCUGGCCUCCUGGAAGAAGAGGGCCGCGAUAUUCAGCAGGGGAGGCAGAGGUUGGUGGGAUUUCGAAGACGAGACCAGGAUUGUGUGGCCAGUAGAGCAGCAGAGGAUUGCAAGAAUGGGGGGGAGGGACGACGCAGCGAUUCCAAAGUCCAUGGGCGAGGCCAAGCGCGCGCUGUUAGCCAUGACAUUGCCCUCCUCCUCAUCUGCUCGUGUCAGCAGGCAGCUAUAA